CUCGAACGCUGCCGCUGGUUUCGACUAAUUUCGACGGCUUUGACGUUUCGACAACCUAAUCAAUUUUUUUGUGCAAUAAAAAUGUAUAUGUAUAGUUUAAACUCAAAAUUUUUUAUUAAGAAAACAUGUUAUUCUUAUUUUAUUUGAAAUAUCAAAUGUCAUUAGUUAUUGAAGCUUUAAAAUGUUUUAAACGUUUGUUUGAUUUGUAUGUGCCAUAUUCAUGGUCUCCUUUUCCAUUAGGUCAUUUCCUUGUGGUGAAAUAGCGCUAGUGUAAAUGAAAAUGUUAUGCCAGGUUACAAUUUUUCUUUUGUUUCUGUUUCAUUUUUAAAGAAUCAUUUUUUCGAACGCCAGGGGCCAGCACGCAGUUUCCGUAUCCCAGACUCCCAGAUCACCCGCCUUCAACUGCGGUAACUGCCGGAGUCAUAUGAUCAAUACGGCCCUAAAAUGUCUCAGCUUCUUUUCAACAUGAGCAAUGGUUACCUCGAAGGUCUGGUUCGGGGUUUCAAGGGCGGAAUUCUCAAGCAAAGCGACUACCUGAACCUGGUCCAAUGCGAGACACUGGAGGACCUAAAGCUGCACCUGCAGAGCACGGACUACGGGAGCUUCUUGGCCAACGAAGCCAGCCCUUUGACAGUUUCCGUCAUUGACGACAAGCUUCGCGAGAAGCUGGUGGUGGAGUUUCGCCACAUGCGAAACCAUGCCGUUGAACCCUUGGCAACAUUCCUGGAUUACAUCACCUACAGCUACAUGAUUGACAACAUCAUUCUGCUGAUCACGGGGACUCUGCACCAGCGUCCCAUUGGGGAGCUCAUCCCCAAGUGCCAUCCCCUUGGAAGUUUUGACCAGAUGGAAGCCAUCCACAUUGCAUCCACACCGGCUGAGCUGUACAAUGCGGUCAUUGUCGACACCCCCCUUGCACCAUUCUUCGUGGACUGCAUCUCGGAACAGGACUUGGACGAGAUGAACAUAGAAAUCAUCAGGAACACGCUUUACAAGGCCUACCUGGAGGCAUUCUACAAGUUCUGCGAAAGCAUUGGAGGAACUACUGCCGACGUCAUGCUAGAGAUUUUGGCCUUUGAAGCAGACAGGCGGGCCUUCAUCAUCACUAUCAACUCGUUUGGAACGGAGCUAACAAAAGAAGACAGAGCCAAGCUUUUCCCAAAGUGUGGCCACCUCUACCCAGAUGGGCUCAACGCACUCGCCAAAGCUGACGACUACGACCAAGUUCGAACAAUUGCUGAGUACUACGCUCAAUACAAUGUGCUCUUUGGAGGAGCUGGAAACAACCCAGAUGAGAAGACACUAGAGGACAAGUUCUUCGAGCAUGAGGUGAUGCUGAAUGUGAAUGCGUUCAUGCAGCAGUUCCAUUCCGGCGUUUUUUAUGCCUACGUGAAGCUGAAGGAACAAGAGUGCCGCAACAUUGUCUGGAUUGCCGAAUGCGUUGCUCAGCGUCAUCGGUCCAAGAUCGAUAACUACAUUCCAAUCUUCUAGUCGCUCGAGGAAAAGAAAUGGGCCAAUUCGGUAGUUUGUCGGUGUAAUAUAUAUAUAUAUAUAUAUAUCUACUUCGCAAAAUUCUUCUGCUAGAGUGUCUAUGUCUGGUUAGCUGCGAUUGUGCAAGAGGGGAAAAAAAUGUAGUCAGUGGCAUGAUCAAGGAAGAAAAAAAAUUGGCCUAUAACUUUUACCUUUUGAAGUUAAAGCAAGGGUUAAAAUAAUGUCUAUUUUUACUUCGCUUUACCGUGUGCUGGCUAUUGCUUUGCAAACGUUUUUUAAAAUUUUUGCAGUUCGUCUUUCUUCUUUUGAGCACAUAUUUAUUCCAGAGUUCCAAUACCUUUUAUGUGUGAAUGAAUGACUAAUCCAUGUUGUGGUUGUUUAAUGUUGCAUUGUUGAAAAUAAUAAACCCAAACUACAGCUGCC